UCCCCAAACCCUACGCCUUCGUCUCUUUAGGUAAAACUCUGCGCUCCGAUUGGCCGCCCUUUCUUCCGCCGUCGCUAGGGCACACUUUCAUCCUGCACCUCAUUCCUCCGGCAGCAAGAUGGGUCGCGUACGCACCAAAACAGUGAAGAAAUCUUCCCGUCAAGUUAUUGAGCGCUACUACUCGCGCAUGACCCUCGACUUCCACACCAACAAGAAGAUUCUCGAAGAAGUUGCCAUUAUUCCUUCCAAGAGACUACGAAAUAAGAUUGCCGGAUUCUCCACCCACCUCAUGAAGCGAAUCCAGAAGGGACCGGUUCGCGGCAUAUCUCUGAAGCUCCAAGAGGAAGAGCGCGAGCGCCGAAUGGACUUCGUUCCAGAUGUCUCCGCCAUUAAAACCGAGCAAAUCGAAGUGGAUAAGGAGACUCUCGAUAUGCUUUCUGCGCUUGGAAUGAACGAUAUUCCUGGGCUUGUUCAGGUCGAUCCGACUGUGCCGCAGCAGGUUGGGUUUGGAUUAGGAGGUCGCGGUAGGAGGUAUUAAGAUUAUUGGCUAGGGUUUUUCUUCUUCUUCUUCUUCUUCUGAUUUUCUGUUGUGGCUCAAUACAAUUUUGUUUUUUAGUUUUGUUUAUGAGUAUUGUUACUUUCUGUCAAGCUAGAGAAUAUGAAAUUUUCAUAUUGAUUUCAAGUAACAUUCUUCAAUAGAGAGAUUUGGUUUCCAAUUUUUUUA